UGGUGAGCGGAAGGGGCGAUUUCUCUUCAAGAGUCCACAGUCCUUUUCGGAUGUGUUAGACCUAUGUCUAUUCCGUUCAAUUUUUUUUUAUUAUUAUAUACACAUUUCAUUUGGCAGACCCCCAAUUUCUCCCCGAAAUAAAACAACAUGGAAUCGAAGAUGGAGUAACUCCAGACUCUAUUUUACCUCUCUUGUUUUACCUCAAUUUUAAUGGACCGGAUGAUUUCCAAGUCAAACUGUGAUUCCCACAGCUUUGCAGGGGAGGUAGCUGUAUCCAGUGAGGAGGGAGGCGUAUCCAAGGGUGAAUAUGAAGUUUGCCGAACCCUUGGAAAGCCAGAGGCUGUCUUUUCUUUUGGAAAAGGCCGCCUCUAGGGAAGCCCUGUUGUGGAAGGUGUACGUGCCCAAAAAGCCAUCUCCCGGCAGUCAGGUAACGAGUGGAGGACAGAGGAGCCUCUUAAAGAAGAAGUUACAGGUAACGAGUGGAGGACAGAGGAGCCUCUUAAAGAAGAAGUUACAGGAUACAGACAUCUCCCCUGCCCAGCGUGAUGAGGCUGUGUGCUGGCUUAUUAACCUCCACAAUGACACCAAGCUAUAUCCAGAGACCCUCUCCCUAGCCAUCAGUAUUUUGGACAGGUUUUUAGGCACUAUAAAGGCCCGUCCAAAGUACCUCCGCUGCAUCGCCAUCGCCUGUUACUUCCUGGCUGCCAAAACCAGCGAAGAGGACGAGCGUGUGCCGUUGUUGCGUGACUUGGCCAGCAGCAGCAGAUGUGGCUGCUCCCCAUCAGAGAUACUGAGAAUGGAGAGGAUCAUUCUGGAUAAACUCAACUGGGACCUGCACGCUGCCACGCCGCUGGAGUUUCUACACAUUUUCCAUGCCAUGGUGCUGUCCUGCAAGCCACGGUUCAUGGUGGGUCUGUUGGGGUGUAACCCGGCGCAGCACCUGUCAGUGUUGACCCAGCAGCUGCACUACUGCCUGGCCAACAGCGCCCUGCUACAGCCCCUCUCCCGGGGAUCCAUGCUGGCGCUGGCCCUCAUCACCCUGGAGCUGGAGAAUAUCUGCCCUGACUGGCUGGCCCUCACGAUCAACCUGCUCAGGAAAACACAGAUUGACAGUUCUCAGCUGAUCCGAUGUCGAGAGCUGGUGUCACGUCACCUGUCCACACAGGAAGCUUCCCUGCCUCCCAACACUGUGUACAUCUACCAGUCCCUGCACCACAGUCUGGACCCGGACCCUUGCACCCGGGGAAGAGAGUCCGACACCAGGCUCCCAGACAGAGACCCACCGGCGCCAUCCACGGCCCCUAGGGACAGGAGCCUCUCCUGGGUCUCCUCUACCACCCUGCUCCAGGUCCAUGGACCACCCAAACCCAACCACCACUCCCACCAAGUCUCCCUGCGCUGCAAGCACUCAGCCAAGCGCAAGGUGAGAGCUUGGCUGCUUCAACAACCGGAGUGGAGGAGAUGGAGGUCGACGAAUUCUACGAGGGGAUCAAACGACUCUACAACGAAGAGAACGGGGGCGCUCCGGAAGGGACGGCGGUAACGGGGGAGGAGCCUCUAGAGGAGAGUCCUGUCCUAUUGGUCAGGAGGGAGGGCCACACCUCCCCCUGCCCCCCUCUCCAACCCGUCAGUGUCUCAUAGAGAAGAAGAGGAUGAAACCAAGGCCUUCUCUUCCUCUCUACCUGAGCUGCAAGGAAAAUAAGUCUCAGUAUUCAAUCUGUCACAUGGCAUUUAUCCACCAACCCCAGGCCUCGAUUGAGCCCAAAAAAAGUCACCAAAAAAAUAUGCUAUUUCAUAACUAUUUGUUGAGCACAAAUAUAAAAUGAUAAAAAAAAUAUAAAUAUAAUAUAAUGAUAUAAAUAUUAUCCUUCAAAAAAAUAGGUCAAAUUACUACUUCUCCCUGUGAGUCUCUGUGAUGAUAUUUCUCUACGAUCAUGUCACUUUAUUUCUGUUUUUCACCCUAACUAAUCUAAGAUUCAAUCAGUAUAUUUAUUUUCUUUACCUUCCUCUUUUCCUGAAAUAAAAAAUAAUUCCCAGCAUGUUGUCUUUAACCCCUCACAAAACAUGUCACGAUAAGAGUUUGACUGUAAAGCGUGUAGAACUAUGUUAACCUGAAGUACUGAAUGGGUUUCGUUUCACGUUUAAAAAUCUAAAUAUCCCCUUCCACAACUUUCCUGUGUUUGUCCCGUCACAGUGUGCUGUAGUAGUUUAACCAAAGAAUGAAAAAGCUACUGUCAUUAAUGACAAUGAAUAAAGUGAAUCAAUUUACCCAAAUGAAGCAAUAUGUUUUCAGAUAAGCAACUUUGUUAAAAGAGAGUUUAUCCCAAGUGGCACCCUAUACCCUACAUAGUGCACUACUUUUUAGUAGAGGCCUAUGGGGGAGAAAUAGGGUGACAUUUCAGAUGCUAUCAAGAAGAGGGUUUGAAGAUGUAGCUACCAUAAUUCACCAUAUCUUUGCUGUUCAGAAACAACUUGCUGUUUUUUUUUGUUGUUGUUUAUUGCCAAAAGGCUCUUGCUCUGGGGUGCUGGUAACUGCCGAUGUACUGCUGAGAACUUGUGGCAUCAAUAAAACAAGUGAAAUAAUC